GUUAACAAGAGGAACACUUCUCCUUUUGAUAUUCCGCCUACAGAAACAAGAACCAUGAGUAGAAAUGGUGAUGAACAACGCAAUCAAGUCUUUACAGACGCUGAAAAUUAUAUCAAACAAGCUAGUGAUAUGUUACAACGAGAAGCAGCAAGACUUCGCCAAGAGCAGCAAACAAUAGACUCCAUGUCGAAGAAGUUGGAACAUGUUCACUUUUCUUCUACUAUACAACUAAAUGUUGGCGGUCAUCGCUUUACAACAAGUCUUCAAACGCUUACCAAGGAUCCAAAUUCGAUGCUGGCUGCAAUGUUUUCAGGGAAGUUUGAGAUGAAACCUUCUGAAGACGGCGCUUUCUUUAUCGACCGAGAUGGAACACACUUUCGGUUUGUACUCAAUUAUCUUCGCACUGGGAAAUUGACUUUGCCAAAAGGAGCAACAUUUCUAGACGAACUUGCGGAGGAGGCUGCGUUCUACCAGAUCCAAGGCAUACUGGACGAGUUGGUGUCUAAAGCUCCGCAGAAUUUCGAAGAAUCAGUAAUUCUGACGACUGAAGAACAUCGAAGCGUGCUGAGCGGUUGGUUGCCUCAACAAGACGGUAAAUGGCAACUUCUGAUGCGAGCUUCUCAAGACGGCUUUCAAGCUAAAACCUUCCAUUCCAAAUGUGACGACAAAGGGCCCACUGUCACCAUCGUGAAGAGUGGAAACAACAUUUUCGGUGGAUUCACUGAAACAUCGUGGAGCAGUCAGGGUUGCUACGUGCGCUGCUCACAGUCAUUCCUAUUCAGCAUGGUGAAUCCGCAAGGAAUGGCUGCGAGUAAAAUGCCUCUUGUAAAAAAUCAGCACAAUGCCAUUUACUGUGGUAGCAGCUAUGGGCCAACAUUUGGAGGAGGGUUUGACUUAUAUAUUUCAAAUGACGCAAACACAAGUGGUUCAAGUAAAAGCCAUCUCGGCUACUCGUAUCAGCUUCCCACCGGACAGCAGCGCACAUUCUUCACGGGAGCUACAAAUUUUAAUGUGACGGACUACGAAGUCUUUGGAAUCUGCAGAUGACAACCUUCACAAACAUUUGAGAAGCCAGCAGGUUAAACUUCACAGUGAUUUGAACUAUCUUCUAAGUUAUAACUUUUUUUGAAAUCUUAACUUUUGUUGUCAUUUUCUACAUCGAAAUACA